AUGGAAAGAGGGAAAGUGUGUGUGUGUGUGUGUGUGUGUGCAAUUCACAAUAAACAGCGAACGGCAAGCGGCACGGAAAGGGCAGCAAUGGAGCAGGCUGAGCCCUCCCACUAUAAUUUCAUGCCACUGCCGUUGGCAGCACUACAUUGGCGACUAGAGGACAAGCGAUCGGCCGUCGUGGACGGGUGUCCGCACCUUCUCUGGGUGCUUCAGCUGGUCAUAGCACGUCACUGUCAGAAUAAUUCCCAACGCCAACACGUACGCGUGGUACCGCUUGAGUGUCUCAAGCACAAUAUGACCCGUGCGCAGGUACUUUUCAUUGGGAUUGCGGCUUUUGAUGUACUUGCUCAUGCGGUGAAACGCCUCCUGUGA